UCCCUCUCCUGGACCAAGUAUUCCCCCUUCUCCUGCACACAAACCCUCCAAAGACUGGAGAUGCGAACAGAUACGACAGAGAGCAAUAACACCAAAGCCAGUGCCCCCCUCCUGACCCAAAGAUACAUGAGGAUGGUCACCAAGGAUGGACACAGCACAUUCCAGCUGGAUGGUGCCCAAAGAAAAGGUCUGGCCUAUCUCCGAGAUGUAUGGGGAAUACUAAUGGACAUGCGCUGGAGAUGGAUGAUGCUGGUCUUCUCUGCUUCUUUUGUCAUUCACUGGCUGGUCUUUGCAGUGCUUUGGUAUUUGCUGGCUGAGAUGAAUGGGGACCUGGAGCUGGACCAUGAUGCUCCACCCGACAACCACACUAUUUGUGUCAAGUACAUCACCAGUUUCACAGCUGCUUUCUCCUUCUCACUGGAGACACAACUGACCAUCGGCUAUGGCACCAUGUUCCCCAGCGGGGACUGUCCCAGUGCCAUCGCCCUGCUCGCAAUACAGAUGGUUCUGGGACUCAUGCUGGAAGCCUUCAUCACAGGUGCUUUUGUGGCAAAGAUUGCCCGGCCCAAGAACCGGGCCUUCUCCAUCCGCUUCACCCGCUCCGCCGUUGUGACACAUGCCGAGGGGAAGCCCUACCUCACCUUCCAGGUGGCCAACACACGCCCCAGCCCGCUGACCAGUGUCCAGAUCUCUGCUAUCCUCUACCAAGAGCAAGAGAACGGGCAGCUGCACCAAACUACUGUUGACUUUCACCUAGACAGUGUGACCUCGGAUGAGUGUCCUUUCUUCAUCUUCCCACUGACCUACUCCCACUCAAUCACUCCAUCCAGCCCUCUGGCUGCCCUCCUCCAGCGGGAAGCUGUUCACCAUUUUGAGCUGGUUGUCUUUUUAUCAGCUGUGCAGGAGGGCACUGGAGAAAUGUGUCAAAGGAGAACAUCCUACCUCCCCUCAGAGAUCAUGCUGUACCACCGCUUCGCCUCCGUGCUAGCCCGCAACGCCAAAGGUGAAUACCAGAUCAAGAUGGAGAAUUUUGACAAGACUAUUCCUGAGUUCCCAGCUGCAGCUGACUCAAAGAGUCCGAAAAGGACUGACAAGGAGAUCCGCAUCAAUGGACAGCACGCUGACAGCUUCCAGCUCUCUGAGACUGGCCUCACAGAAUAGAGAGAACAGACUUUGAACUGUGUGCUUUUUUAAUUGUUAUGACAUAAAACUUUCAGGUUCCAUUUACAACCUUCCUCCCUUGCCUGCCCUGCCACCUUCUAGUGAUCUUUCUCUUGUACUCCCAUCCUUUUGAUUACAAGACGAUAGGCAGAGGAAAGAGAACCGGUGUGCCCACUGUAAGCUGAGGAGAAACUGGAUUAACCACCCAGGACAAAGGCAGGUACAAGAAUCACAGAACUAAUUUUGGGAAAUUAGAAGAGCUGUCUGCUGAAUUCACCAGACUAUGAUUAAAGCUGCACUGACCCUGCAUGGAAAGGCCUUCAAAACUCCUAAAGCUGACAAAAAUCAUAAUUAACCAGCUUGCACAACUACAAAAAAGAAAAGUCUCAGUCAAAACCAAUAUGGAGAUGUUCACUAAAUGUAUUAUUUCUGGGAUAAGCAACUCUAUUCAUCCACAAUCCUAGAUUUUUCUGUUCUCCUAACUCCUUUGGGAUACAGGGGGUUACCAGUUUUCAGAUGGCUGAGUUCACUUAGAAAGUACUGCCAGUCUCUCAUGGCAGUGAAAAACAC